CCUCCCCCGCCACCCCCGCUCUCGCCCACGCGACUAACUCGAUCGCGGGCCGCCGUCGUCCGUCCCGAUCCGGAUCCCGGUCGUCCGCCCUCUCGGUCAACGCCGGCACCACCGCCAUCGCCGCCGCCGACGCCGCCGACGCCGUCGACGUCGUCGCCAACGCGACCCGGGAAGGCAACGGGCCGGUAGACGUGGAAGGGAAAAACGGAGAGGGCGAGCCACGCGUGUCCUUCCCGUGGUGUGUCAUGGGGUGUUUCGGCAGCCAGAGCAGCAAGGCCAGCCAGGAUGACAGCAAGAAUCAGAAGAGGCGAUCCGACGCCAUCACCAGGCAGCUGCAGAAGGACAAGCAGGUCUAUCGCGCCACUCACAGGUUACUCUUGCUCGGAGCGGGAGAGUCCGGCAAAAGCACGAUCGUCAAACAGAUGAGGAUACUGCACGUCAAUGGUUUCAGCGAAGCGGAGAAGCGGCAAAAGAUCGAAGACAUUAAGAAGAACAUUAGGGACGCCAUCUUGACGAUAACCACUGCGAUGAGCACGUUAACGCCGCCCGUUACGUUGGAGGACCCGGCGAACCAGAGUAGAAUGGAUUAUGUCCUGGAAGUCUCGUCUUCCCCAGACUUCGAUUAUCCUCCGGAAUUUUACGGAAUCGUCGAAACCCUUUGGAAAGAUCGGGGCGUUCAACAGAGCUUCGAAAGAAGUAACGAGUAUCAGCUCAUCGACUGCGCCAAAUAUUUUCUAGAUAAGGUAGCCAUCGUAAAACAGCCGGAUUACACGCCCACAGAACAGGACAUCUUGAGGUGUCGAGUUCUCACGUCCGGCAUUUUUGAGACGCGGUUUCAGGUCGACAAAGUGAACUUUCAUAUGUUCGACGUUGGUGGCCAGCGAGAUGAAAGAAGAAAAUGGAUACAGUGUUUUAAUGACGUUACGGCAAUUAUAUUCGUCACGGCGUGUAGUAGUUACAAUAUGGUCCUCAGGGAAGAUCCUACGAAGCUGAGACUCAGAGAGAGUCUCGACCUUUUCAAAAGUAUCUGGAAUAAUCGAUGGCUCCGGACGAUUUCUGUGAUCUUGUUCCUAAACAAGCAAGAUCUCUUAGCGGAAAAAGUCAAAGCGGGCAAGCACAAACUCGAGGAUUACUUUCCGGAAUUCGCGCGUUACCAAACCCCAGUCGAACCUGGGGUGGUCGCGGAUCCCUCGGAACCGCCUGACGUCAUAAGGGCCAAGUACUUUAUCAGAGAUGAGUUUCUCCGCAUAAGUACGGCGAGCGGUGAUGGCAAGCACUACUGUUACCCGCACUUCACAUGCGCCGUUGACACGGAGAACAUCAAGAGAGUGUUCAACGAUUGCCGGGACAUCAUCCAACGGAUGCACCUGCGUCAAUACGAGCUCUUGUGACUUCGUUCCUGCCGACGUUUCCUGUCAUCAUCCGUUAACCUGACCGUCACGCUCGUGCUGCGCCUCGAAUUGCGAUCACUCUGAGCAAGCGAAUGAGCAAAGACCCGCGAAACUCGUCGCGAAAGCAUUCGCUGCCAAUCAGGUAACGCGCGCCGAGGGCUUCCUCCGGGAUCGGAAGCAUAGUCGACGGGAUGGACGACCGCGUUCAUCGAGAACUCGCCAGCAGACGUAGAAAGAGAGAAAGAGAGAGAGAGAGAGAGAGGGGACUCUGCAAAUCGAUCGCUCCAUUUCUUUUCGCCGACAAGAUUCAGAAAGAUGAACCGAUACGCCGAUACAUACUGCUGCUGAAUCUCUCGUUUCACCGUCUGAAAUCUGUCUCUCGCGAACGAAGCGUUCCCUCUCGCAUGGAAUAAAUCGUAAAAUCGUGUAAACCGCGCGUCGAUGCGUCGUCUCGCAGUCGUUCGACGAAAAUGAACGAGCGGCCCUUUCCACCGGGCGUAUUCUCAAACGGUUACUCGACUCUCUUUUGAGUUAGAUGAAAGAGUGUGCUGAACACUCGUCGUCGUCGUCGUCCGAACGACGAUGACGGGAACGAAACUCUCGCGCUCGAUCGUGCGUUAUGAACCAUUUACCUCGUUACCGUUAAUUUUAUUCCUAUUUGCGUGCAAUUCCGUUCAGGAAAACGCGCGCGGAUCCUGUCGUAAACGUGGGCCAACGUCGUCAUCGGGUGUGAUUCGAGUGACGAUUCUCCUCUCGUUCAACACACUCUUGACGUAAAUUAUUAUCGUUAUCAGCUUAGCGUUUAAGGAUGUUUCCUAAGACUUAGGCGAACCUCUCCGGUGAAAAGAAAAAAGAAAAAAAGAAGAAGAAGAAGAAAAACUUUUAUUCGUUUUUAACUUUCUCCUCUUUACUCGUUUUUCGAAUCUCCGCUACUACCCUUGCCUAGCUCCUCCUUACAUCUCGCUUAGAAUUUCUGUGUUAUCUCCCGUUUUCUUCUUUUACUUUCGUUGAGCUUUCGAAUUUCGAAUCUCAAUUCCUUUUAUUUUUAUUAUUAUUAUUAUCAUUAUUAUUAUUAUUAUUAUUAUUAUUAUUAUUAUUAUUAUUAUUAUUAUUAUUAUCAUCAUUAUCAUUGGCCUGACCCGUAGAAGUGUCUCAGCCGCGCCCUUUUUACGAGAAGAGUAUUUUGUGACAUUUUACAGUAUUUCGAAGAGCGUUUUAAUUAUAUAAAUAUGUAUCGAGUAUGUACAGGGUGACCGUCCACGGAUUCUCAUCGUUUUUUACGUACAUUUCUUAUCGAUCGAGGUCUCUCACGGAUACGGACUUUCCCCCCUUUUUUCUUUUUUUUUUUUUUCCGCUACCAACAAUAUACAUAUAUAUAUAUAUAUUGUAAAUGAAGUUACUACUUUUUUUUCUUUUUAGUUUUUUCUGUACUUAGGCACGCGCACUACCGCAACAAUAAUAAUAACGUUCUGUGCAUUCUAGCCCACGUAAAUGAAAAUGUGCCACGUUCAAGUUCUUCGUUAUCAUGCGCAUGCAAGUGUAAUUUUGCGGUAACGUUGCACGCACAACGUUUUUAAGCUCGUGUAAAAAUUUAAUUGUUUUUUACUUUGGCACCGAAUUCGCAUCUCAUUUUCGGAGAGAUCGUCGCGCCCCGAUGAUACGUUGAUGGUAACGUGUACAAAUUUUUACGCGACUGACCCGACAGUCAAUCACGAUGUGGAUCAUUCUUACGGCGAAUGCCCCGGCUCCGAUGUGCAAGAAUUUUUUUUGUCUCCCACGCGCCGUCAUAAUUGCAUCCACUUCCCUCGUCGAUGCUUGAAUAUUUUCUAUCUAUAGUAGAUUAUUUAUCAAUUUUUCCUUUAAAUUUAACUUUUGCGUAAAUUUAACUUUAGUUGACGUUAUAUCAAAAGAUAACGAAAUACUUGCGCGUCAAUGACGUACACAUAGAUCAAGUACAAUACUUUAAAUUUGAAGAGACAUCUAAUUGGCUAGCUCUAAUUGGCAGCUGCUUUAUUCCAGUCAUUUUUCUAUCGAAAAUGUGGAAAUCGAAUAUUUCUUUACUAUAGUAUUUAUUUAUUUAAA